GUAGUAGUUCGUUCGACUGCCUAUCGUUCAGUCGUCGGGUUGUCAGCCGAAGAUCACUGCACUAUUAGCAGUGAUCCAUCUGAAUUCGUUUUCCAUACGAUUCCCAUUCUGUGUGUUCCGAAGUUUCUCGAUGUGACGAUAAUGUUUUACCUGAUCGAGAGAUUCUCUUACUCGUGACAGAAAGGAAGAGAAAGCGCGCGGAAGUACCUAACUAGCAUGAUAAAACAACUCGUUUGGAACAAAAUUGGCGACAACUGUUGACUAACAGUCUCCAAACUUAUAUUGAUCCGAUUCGCCACGAUUUAUCCUGUAGGAUAAUUUUUCACUCACAGAGAGAACGGAAUAAAUUUUCAAAACAAAAUUUUGAGACUCUCGUAUCCGUUAUGCUCGAAAAAAUCAGAGACUGUUUGAUUAAAACACAAGUGCAGAAUAUUUGCUGACAUCGGAAGAUCGGAGGCCGUAUACAAAGAAUUUUGGUUGAAAUCUCAUCAUUUCAAUCAUGCUGAAAGGAAUUGUUCUGCUGAUUCUCCAUGUUUUCUGUGACAUUGCAUUGGCAGGGCAGUGUGGAAAAGUAUGGGUCACAGUUUCCUCUUUGUGGAGACCAAUCGCUGCCAGCGAUAAAGUGGUCGAUGCCGAAUUAGAAGUAAAUUGGGAAUUCGAUUGUCCGGCGGACACAAGAUACUCAGAUACUCAAAUCAAGGUGUUCACUGCUGACCCGUUAGCGGCACAUAACAAGCCUGAACUGAUCCUGACUUCGUUACAACGUCCUCGGGGAUACUACAGAACAAAUAUUACAGUCGGUCGUCCGCCGUUACCAGGAGGAUGGGACACGAAGGAUGGAGCGACGCUUCCAGGAUCACAUUGUCUCGAUUAUUAUGCUAUUCUUUACAAAGAUAGUCAUAUGUUUUCCAUGUCUUGCUUGCAAAUUUGGCCGACUUGGAUGUAUGAUUUAAGAAGGGAAAUCGGCAUGCUUCCUAUCGGCAGCCUGAUGAUACCUGGGACACAUAAUUCUGGUUGUUACAAACACGGUGAUCUAACGCGCCGGGACGCCUUUCAGCGAUACUUGUUGACACAAGAUCGUGAUGUUUGGACCCAGUUGGUGCAUGGUAUUAGAUAUCUAGACAUCAGAGUUGGAUAUUACCCAUCAAUACCAAAUGGCACUGCACUUGACGAAGACGGGAAUCAUAUAAAUAGAUUUUGGGUCAAUCAUGACGUCAUCCGCAUCACACCUCUUUCAGAGAUUUUAAAGGAUGUAAGGGACUUUCUGGAUGUAGCGAGAGGUGAAGUUAUCAUUAUGGAUUUUCAUAGAUUUCCCGUGGGCUUCGAAGGUAGGCCAAACAGACAUCGGAAACUGCUAUCUAUUUUACAUCGAGAAUUCGAAGGUUUAAUCCUGAAACCAGACAGAGGGAUUGAAGGUCUGGGACCGACAUUAAAUGACAUUUGGGCCGGCGGAAAGAGAUUAAUCAUUUGUUAUGGUGACAAGCACACAGUAAACGAAUAUGACUGGCUGUGGCCGCCUUUGACGCAAGUAUGGGGCAAUCAGCAAACUGUGGAAGGUUUAUUCGAAUAUUUGGAUGAAGAGAUUUUAGGAUCAAAGAAACGCAGAAAUAGUCAGAAUCCAUUGUGGGCAGUAAUGGCAGAAUUAACACCAUUUCCAUUAGAUAUUUUCUUUAAUCUAUCUGGUGGGCUUCGACAGAUGGCUGAUUCCGUUAAUCGAAAUCUCACUGUCAAGUUUCAAGAGGAAUGGUGGAAAGAAACGAAUAUCGUCGCCACAGAUUUUUUUCUCGGAAACGAUUUAAUCUGGGUAUCAAGGAUGUCAAAUAUUAAAAAAAGUAAUAUCGCGCAAUGGCGUUUAUAACCCAUAUAUAGAAUUUUACUGAUAAUACUAAAAUUUCUUGUUUCAAAAAUGGAAAAAAAAUAUUAUUGC